GCCUCGUCCAGGAUUUACUCUCUCCCUCAUCAUAGAGCAGAAGCAUGUGCACAUCGAACAGUCCCGAAAUACCGUAUGCUUAGUUCUCAGCUCUAGUCAUUUCAUGUUUAGCCGCCACGCUGACAUUAUCGAGGAAGUGAUCCUGUAUAACCUGCCUUCCGCAGUUAGGACGUCCGCAACAUAAAGACAACACCACCAUGUGAUGGCUUUCUCGAACGCGCGAGCAUAUGCUCGUGGAUGCGGGUUGUGGUCGACAUCAAGGGUCCCAACUCAUCCUGCGUGCCCAGCUUCCGCCAACGCGAAUGAAGAACUCGAGCGACUUAGGGGCAAUCAGCUCCUGGAUAAAUGUGGCGGUAUUUAUUAACAGCGGUCUAAUUC